ACCGGCAAUCAGUAGUCGGUGACGAUCGUUUCGUGCGCCACGACACGAGAACAUCCAAUAGAUAGAAGAGAAGAUCCGUGGAAAAGUUUCGAAUUUUGGUGCAAAUACCGUUUGAUUCAUCGAACAUUGGUUCGAUGAUCGAUGGAAAACUGAUCAAUCGCGAUGAUAUCCGCGUAGAAGCGAUGAAGAAACGCGGCAACAAUGAAAACAAGGGUGGAAAGGGUCGACAAAACGAAACGAAGGAUUCAGAGAAGAAAAAUGAUAAGAAGAAUGAUAAGAAUUCAGAGAAGAAAAAUGAUUCGUUAGAUGAGUAUAACGAAGGUUUCAGCGAGUGGUUGAGAUCUAGCGAUGGUUUCGAAACGAUGCGACUCUUUGUCAUUGCUAAUUCUAUCAUGAUCUUCGUCACGAUGGGAAUACCGAAAAUACAGGAAAUUAUCAGUAUUAUCAAAGAAUAUUACUAUGAAACAUAAAUGACAACUUGAGAUUUUGAGAGGCAAAAAUGUUUCUCUCGAUAUACCAAUGAGAAGUUGACAACCGAUAUUUCCAUCGCGUUUCCAUUAAAAAUUCGAUAUUUGACGACUACGCGCUUUGAAAAUCGUCCUUUAUUUCCUGAGAACAUAAACUCUAGACUCACGAUCGUAUCGACGUAACACGUAACAUGAAUCAAAGAUGGUAAUGAUACGGAAAUAUUUUAAUACAUGUAUCAACUAUCGACAUGUAUCGAUACUCGAGGUCAUAAAGCAUUCUUCUGCAAACUUCUUAAAAUAAUUUUUUUACGAAUAUUUAUCUUUCAACAAGCAAAAUAUAUCAUAAUCGUCAAAUGACACGCAUUCUUAUCAAUUUCAA